GGCUCGUCGUUUGGAGGCGUUUGUUUUGCAAGGCAGCAGAAGAAGAGACCUCGCGGCGAUGACGAUGGGGUCGUCCUCCGGGAACAGCAACCUGAUCAGCCCAUGUACCUCCGACGACAGCAUCGACGACCAUGCCAAGUUCGACCUCGACACGAUGGCCGCAUACCUCGUCAAGGACCUCGACUCGGGCCAGAGCUACCGCGUCGAGGAGAUCGACCAGCAGUACGUGACGCUCGAGGCCAUGAAGGAGAAGCUUUCCGAGUCGCAUGACCUCCUCGCGCUCUACUCGGCGGAUGCGACGACCGAGGUCGAGAUUGAAAACACGUCCGACUCGGACAAGGACGACGACGAUCCUGGAUACGUCGAGGAGGUCGACGUCGUCAAGCACCGCACGUCCGAGCUGCAGCCGUGCCAGUUCACAGGCUGCACGCUCUUCCAUACACGCCGGUCGGGCUACUGCGAGACGCACGAGGUCCGCGCUAAAGAGGAGGAAGACUCGCGCGCGCAGGCGCUGUACCUCAUUCCGCGUGGGCGGCAAGCCAGCUUUGUCGAGAUGAAGGGCCACUCGUUUGUUGAAGACUCGAUGUUUCGCCUCUAUACGGUCUUCACGGUCGUCCUUCGCUGUGGCGAGUCGACGUGGAGCGUGUACCGCCGGUACCGCGAGUUUACAGCCCUCUACGACAAGCUCAAGCUGCGUUCGCGGCUUCGGCUACCCACGCUGCCACCCAAGAAGAUUAUCGGAUCGUUCGAGCCGGAAUUCCUGGCGCGGCGGCAGUAUGAGCUGGGGCAAUGGCUCGACCAGCUGCUUACGUACGAGCCGCUCUCGAACGCGACCAAUCCGCACGAGUGCGACGAAGUCGUGCGCUUUUUGACGUGGAAGGCCGACCAGCCGCCGUUCCCGGUCGAGCAGCCCUCCGACUUUUUGAACCUCCAAGACUCGAGCUCGAACGCGCCGCGCGUGAACCUCACCGACUUCAAGAUGAUCCAGGUCAUUGGCCGUGGGUCGUUCGGGAAGGUCGUUCUCGUCGGCCACCACGCGACAAAGAAACUCUAUGCGAUGAAGAUGCUCAACAAGGCCAACAUCGUGAAGCGCAAGCAGGUUGAGCACACGCGCACCGAGCGCCGCGUGCUUGGGUACACCAAGCACCCGUUCAUUGUGGGCUUGCACUUUGCCUUUCAGACACCGCAGCGCCUCUACUUUGUCCUCGACUAUUGCCCGGGCGGUGAGCUCUUUUACCACUUGACGCGCAUGAAGAAGUUGCCCGAGCACAUGGCGUGCUACUACGCGGCCGAAAUCACACUGGCGCUCGAGCAUCUGCAUGGCCUUGGCGUUGUGUACCGCGACCUCAAGCCCGAAAACAUCCUCCUCACAAAGGAAGGCCACGUCAAACUCGCCGACUUUGGGCUUGCCAAGGAAGGCAUCACAGACGGCGUGUACGGCACCAACUCGCUCUGCGGCACGCCUGAGUACCUCCCGCCCGAGAUCCUCGACCGCCUUGGCCACGGCACGGCCGUCGACUGGUGGAACCUUGGCAUGGUGCUCUACGAGAUGCUCACGGGCUUGCCGCCAUGGUACACGAACGACCGCCAAAAGCUCUUUGACCGGCUGCGCUCGGCGCGCCUCCACUUCCCGCCGUACGUCUCGCGGCGUGCCGAGGGCCUUAUCCGCGCGCUUCUGAACCGGAAUCCGGCCGAGCGCCUCGGUGCGCGUGGUGCUGCCGAAGUGAAGGCGCACCCGUUCUUUGAGAGCAUCGAGUGGGACGACCUCCUUGCGCUCAAGAUGCCGCCGCCGUUCCGACCGUGCCGCGCGACGACCACCGACGACACGCCGCUCAAUUUUGAGGCCGAGUUCACGCGGCUUCCGCUGCCGAGCGUCGAGGUCGUCGACAAGGAACCAAGCAAAAGGCGCGGGCCAACUCGGACACGUUUUCUGGCUUUGCGUACGAGAACCCGGACGCGCUGCAAUCGUCGUUGUAGUGACGACGACGUAUGCAAAGAGAAAACGCGCGAGGCUGAAUAAAUAUAUAUCAACACACCACCACAA